UGCGGUCAACCGUGAAUUGCAGAGGCAAGUGUUUUAAGACUCAGUUUUAGAAUCCUAUUUGGACCACCGACUCCCCAAGGCGGCUUGGUGGCGAGGUAGUCGGAGUGGUUCCUUACGCCGAGAUUCAUUCAAAUCAUUACCGCAAUAAUAAUUUCCCGAAUCUCUCACUCUCUCAGUUUGAAAAUUGAGAGAGUGAUUACGGAACCAACUCCUCCUCGUUGUGCCUAAUCUCUGCACAUUUCCGUUUCCCUCCAGCCGCCGUGAACUGCCAGUUUCAGGUAAAUAUAUCAUGGUGUCAUGAGAUUAUUUGACCUCUUAUUAGACUCUGGUUAUUUUUGAUCCAUAAAAGAUGGUAGAAAACACUUCCAGAACCAACCUUAGCUACCGUGGGGAUUUUGUUGGCAUCGAGGAGGACGCCAUAGAUUGUGCACCUGUAGAAACCAACUCCAAAUGCUACGACGACGAUGGCCGAGCUAAACGAACGGGAAACGUUUGGACUACAUGCUCCCACAUAAUAACAGCUGUGAUAGGAUCUGGGGUGCUCUCCUUAGCCUGGUCCAUAGCUCAGAUGGGUUGGAUUGCUGGUCCUGCGACCAUGAUAUUUUUCAGUGUCAUCACUUUGUAUACUUCAUCAUUUCUUGCUGAUUGUUAUCGUUGUGGCGACACCGAAUUUGGAAAGAGAAACUAUACUUUCAUUGAUGCAGUUCGCAAUAUUCUUGGUGGGCCCAGUGUUAAGAUUUGUGGGAUAGUUCAGUACUUGAAUCUUUUUGGAAGUGCAAUAGGGUACAAUAUUGCAGCUGCUAUGAGCCUGAUGGAAAUCAGAAAGUCUUACUGUAUCCAUACCUCUGGUGGAGAGGACUCAUGUCACAUUUCAGGCAACCCAUACAUGAUAGCUUUUGGCGUGGCACAACUUUUCUUUUCUCAAAUUCCAGAUUUUCAUAACAUGUGGUGGCUCUCGAUAGUUGCUGCAGUCAUGUCUUUCUUCUAUUCCACAAUUGCUCUCGCUCUUGGAAUUUCCAAAGUUGCAGAAACGGGUAUGGUCAAGGGUAGCCUCACAGGAAUAAGCAUUGGAGCUGUGACCGAGGCCCAAAAAGUAUGGGGGAUUUUCCAAGGUCUUGGAAACAUUGCCUUCGCAUAUUCAUAUUCUUUCAUUCUCCUUGAAAUUCAGGACACCAUCAAAUCUCCCCCAACCGAAGAAAAAGCCAUGAAGAAAGCUGCAAAGCUAAGUAUUGCAGUAACUACAACAUUUUAUUUGCUCUGUGGCUGCAUGGGCUAUGCUGCUUUUGGAGACGAUGCACCAGGUAACCUGCUUGCCGGAUUUGGUGUCUCAAAAGUAUAUUGGAUUAUAGAUAUUGCUAAUGCAGCUAUUGUAAUUCACCUUUUCGGAGCAUACCAAGUGUAUGCCCAACCCCUCUUUGCCUUCGUUGAGAAAGAGGCAGCAAAAAAAUGGCCCAAAAUUGACAAAGAAUUCAAAGUUAAAAUUCCUGGUUUGCCAGUCUACAAUCAAAACAUAUUUAUGUUGGUUUGGAGGACAGUGUUUGUUAUCUUCACCACUCUCAUAGCAAUGUUGAUUCCAUUUUUCAAUGAUAUUUUGGGUGUGAUUGGAGCAUUAGGCUUUUGGCCGUUAUCUGUUUACUUUCCUGUAGAGAUGUACAUCGUACAGAAGAGGAUCCCAAAAUGGAGUAGGAAAUGGAUUGUUCUGGAAAUGAUGAGUUCUUUCUGCCUCUUAGUAUCUAUUGUGGCUGGUCUUGGCUCAUCGAUCGGUGUUUGGAUUGACUUGCAGAAAUACAAACCAUUCAGCUUAGAAAACUAAACACCACAUAAAAUCUAUUGCCUCUUUCUGGGUGUAAGUAACUGCUGUGGGAGGUGAUGAUUGUCGUGGUCCUAAUGGGAUCUUUAUUUCACAAGUGGUGAAAUUGUCCCUAGGUUGCAUUGAAGAAGAAUAAUCGGCAUUGAAAUUUCGAUCCUUUCACUACAUUUUUUAAUUAAUUUUUGUACCAAUACACGUGGUACUAUAUUAUCAUAAAUGAGGUGGUAAACGAUGAUGUGAUAGGAUUUGCACUUCAAUGUAAAUAUUCCACUUUAUUUGUAGUGUAUAUCAUCCUGUUCGAUUUUAAUGGUGCCA